GACAAUGCCGCAGUCCGAGGCCUGACCAGCCCUCAGAGGGGCAGGGGUCGCCUCACUACGGCAACAGCCCCCCACCGUCUCCCUCCUUUCCUUCUCUUUUUGCGAUCUGCCACAGGAUGGGAUCAGGGAGCACACUGAAGUUUGCCCUCUGCGAGGUGCUGCAGUUUGCUGGCCUGUGUGUGCCACUCUUCAUCGUGAUGCAGAGAUUUGCCAUCAUUGUGGCAAAGGUCAAAGCAUCUGCGCAGCCACCCAGCGACACCAGCACAGCUUACUGGCUGAUCGUGGCCUCCUCAAUCGCCUAUGUCACCUCCACCGCCCUGCUGGUGUGGGUACCCCUGAAGUACUUGGUGUUUGUAAAAAAGAAGUUUCUUGUUGGGAGGAAGAAAUGGAGGCCUGUGGCCCUGGUAUAUGUAAUCCUGUCCACGUUACCCUGCUUUGCCUUUCUCAUUGCCAGCUCUGAGGUUCAGAUAAACAACAACAUGAAACACGAUACAUUUACGGAGAUCCCUGUGUCUUUGGUCUUCUUCUCCUUAAUCUGCAUUGAUGUUGUGGAGAGGAUACGAAACUGCAGAUUGACCGGACAGGCUAAUGAAAUGGGAAGAGAUGCUGAAAUCCCCUCCAAUGUCUUAACUCAUGUGGAACCAAUAACACCAGUAUCCCCCAUCACUCCAGCUGUGUCAGGAGCUGCCGUUUCAGGACCAGCUGUGCCCGGCCCGGCUGUACCGCGGCCAUCAAUGCACAGGCAAGGUAUGCCGAAUCCUCUUCAGCCUGGAACAAGUCAGUUAAGUGACAGGAACCACAAUGGAGGAGGGAUACAUCCGGAGAUCAAUGGUGCUAUACCUGGAAUAAAUGGGACCCCUGGCCGGCCAUUUAUCAUCUCUUCUCCUGAACUGAGCUCACCAUCAAUGAGUGGACCGACUUAUCAUUUGUCACCAUACACCUACACGGGCCCUCUGAGGUUUCUAAGCAUCAGUGAUGCUCGAGCAGAUGUGUUUGUUGAUAGCUUUAUGUUCUGGAUGGAUACGGUGGAGAUGGUGAGGGUGGCAGGACAUCCAUUGGUCUACUAUUCCGGCUGGGUCUUUCCCAUCUACAUCUUCAGCUAUGUGUCCUGCUUACGUGUGGUGGUCAUGCCCAACACCCCACUCCUUUCUUCUCUAGGAGUCGCUCUGCAGGACUUACCUUUCUUCUUCGUGCGUGUUAGCCUCAUAGCCCUCUUCGGGUUUGUCACGCCCGUACUCUAUCUGAUGAAGAAUCUGUUGGUCUGUCUGGCAUUUGUCUACUUUAACUUCAUGACCAAGCUGAGGGUAUUUAACACAGAGAGGAUGUUCUUUUGAAACCAUGAAUGCAAGGACAGAAUACUGUCAGGAAAUGCAACCUGAUGGCAUUCAGAAAGGGGUUCCACCAGUUUAUAAUUCAUAUUUAGCAAUGGUAUUCAAGGCAGAUCACAACUGGAUGCAAAUACACCAUAUAUGUCAUAGAGUUUUAUGACAUAACCACUACAUAGCAGUGAAAAAACAAUAAAUUACUAAAAGGACUAAAUUGAAUAAUCUUUUAAAUAAGAGGGUCUUUUAAGGAGGCAAAAGUUCAGUUUAUCUGAAUGAAAUCUGGGACACUGGAGGCAAUGUACAACCAUCAGGCUCCACACUUCUUAUCAGCCCUGGUACAGAUUUGUACAAAGCUUUCCAGUACAUUUGUAUGUUAUUUUAGUAGCGUAAUCUAGACUGAAUUAUUUUUAGAAAAUUAAACUUUUUUGCUUUAUUUUGCCAACUUGAUCUGAGUGAUUGGAAAUUAUUUCACUACCUCUUCC